CAUUUUCACACAGCUGACCACUCCAUAUGUUGACUGGCUAUCUAUGUUUUCAUUUAUAAAUAACGUUAUGAUGAAUCUAGAACCUAUCCUAUGAUUAUUACAAAUAACCAAAUAAUUCAUACGCCUUCUUUGUUGAUUUGAUAUUUUUUUGGAGAUUUAGUAAUAGAUAUGUUGAUCCCAGUUUCUAACAUCCAUCAGAGAUUUCAUAAUCUCAGUGGGAUUACUGUUGGAAAUAGAAAAAAAGAAUUAUUUCUUCUACUCAACGAAAACAAGAGUGUUAUUCAAACGCCAGAAGGCACUGAUUAUUUAGUUCAACAUUUAAAACCCACAACUUAUCUUGAGCAAAAACUCUUUGUAGAUAUUCUCAUUUACUGUAAAUGCCAAAGAGAAUUAUUGACUCUUCUCUUAGAAGGAAAUGAGAUAUUAAUAAAACCAUUAUGGAAUCAAGCAUGGUUUUUUGAAAACUUAAUAGAAGAUAGAUCUAUUGAGUAUAUUGUAGAUGAUAUUUUUCCUCAUUUAUCUUAUGUUUCAAGAAUCAGAUUUCUCAAAAAUAUUAUAUAUUAUACUAAGGAUGAAGAAAAGAUUGAUAAAUUGUACGAAAUUGUUUUGGAUAAAUAUGGGAUAGAAAAUGCUAAAUAUAUUUUAGCUGGAUGUAGUAUGGAAAAAAUAUUGGAAACAAUAGCAUACGGUCAUAUUGUUGCAUUCUCUAAUGAACAACUAAUUUUUCUUCACAAAAAUAAGAAUGCCCAUUUCCAAAAAUUAAUCAGUCUAAAAAAUAGAAAUGAAAUUUUUGAUUUUUAUGAUCGCCACUCAAAAGCAUUCAGAGUCAUCGCUGGAACUGACUAUAACAUUUUUAUGGAAAUUUUCCAAACAAAUUAUUUGAAGAUAGGAAAGAAAUUAACUAGAAAAAUGGUUAAACAUUCAAUGCCAUACCUUCAGAAAGAAGCAUCUACUAUAUAUGGAAGAAUUCAUACAAGAACAUUACUGAAAAAUUUAAAAUCUGAUUUUAAAAACUUUUUUUUUGCUACAUGGCCAUCAUCGUUUAGGGAUUUUAGCUUUUAUUCUUGCUUCUCAUCGAUGAAGUACUGCUUAAAGGAGAAAUAUGUGGACAUUAUUCAGGAAGGAUUGCAGAAACGUUAUAAUACAUCUCUAUCUGAGCACCCUGAGUUAAUAAAUGAUAUAUUGUUGAAAAAUACUAAAAAUAUACAGUUAAGAGAGUCUUUGCUGGAGUUGAAGAUGCAAAAUUCAAAAGAUGAUUAUACUCUCCCAAAAUAUUAUGGUAUUGAAAAAUCAAUACCCAUUCUCAAGAAGAAAAUUAGUGGUGCUGAUGGAGUCAGGACUAGGGAAAACCUUGUUGUAGCAUUAGUAAGCACGUGUGAAAUAAACAAUGACAUUGAUGCCUUAUUAAAAGUACAGGAAUAUUUCAAUUUUAGACAUAAAAACGAUGAUGAAACCAUAAGAUCUGGUUUCCUUCAUGAAAUUCAAAAUUGCUUCAAUUUAUCGCAUUUAACAGAAGCACAUUGGAAGCUCAUUUUUGAUUUGAUAAAGUGGAGUAAAGUUAAAGCAGGAAAUUACUGGGGAGAAGGUGAAUAUAAUAUGAUGUAUCUGAAAUUUUUAUAUCAAAAUAAUACUGAGAUGGAAAAUAUCAGAAAACUAUUAUUUGAUAGUUUUUUAACCAGCAUAUUGAAUUCUUUUACAACUUGCUGGAAUAAACUAGAUGAUGCUCCAAUUCUUCAAAAAUAUUUAUUGCUAAAAUUGAUAGAAGAUUUAUCUCCCUCAUGUUACAAGGAAGAAAGGAAAAUAGACUUAUAUUUUGAAUUUUUUAAAGCUAUACUGUCAUGGAAUGAAAAAAAUCCUGCAGAUACUAUUAACUUCCUUCUUUGUCCUGAUAUCAAAGAGGCAGUAAAAAUUAAACUGAAAGAACCUUGUCGUUCCUAUUCUCAACAAAAUAUUUAUUUAAAAAACUUCAUUAAAAAAAAAAUUCCAUGUGAAGAUGGGGAAUUUGUGGAAGAAUUAGAACAAAUAUUCUGGGAUAAUAUUUCUGACAGGUUUGAUGUGAAUAUUAUAGAGUUUUAUUUGAGAAAUAAUCCUACGAAAAUAACACAAAAUUUUGAUAAAUUCAUUCUAGGCAUUAAAGAAGCCUAUCUUUGUGAUUCUGUUACCAUGUGGCGUCUAGUAAAACAUUAUGAUCAUCUUGGUUUAACAAAAAAAGUUAUUGACCACUUUACAUCUAAUGAAUUUGACAUGAUUGGAAAUUGUGCGAUUGGUUUAGCAACACUAUUGAAACCAGAAACAUACAUAAAAUCAAUGUCAUCACUCAAAUCUGAUAUGUUAGACGUAGAUGAUAAAGAGCAAGUGAAAAAUCAUCGUCUAGCAAUGAAAUUCUUAGAUUAUGCUAAGUUCAAUAAUUCUUUUUCUAUUUUACCAAAUAUUGUUCAAUUUUGUGAGGGUGACAGUCUUCAUGAGGCCCUACCACCAUUGUAUUAUUAUUUUCAACACUGUCCAGAAAUGCUUCUUUCGGAUCAUUUACAAACUCUUUCCAAUAGAGCAGUAUCUGUAAGGAAGCAUGCUAUCAAAUUAGCUUGCUCAGUUUCACAAGUAGAAAAUGUUUUCAAUCUCAUUCAAGAAAUGACUAAUACAGAAAAAAAUCAAUCAGUUUUGGAACAUAUUUAUUGGAAAACCUUUAAAUAUUUUCUUGUCAGUAAGAGUGAAAAAUUCUGGUUCUUACUCCAAGGACAACUAAAAUCCUUGGAUAUAUUGGAAUCAAAUGCAUUUAAGGAUAGUUGUGACUUAAAAAAAAUACCAAAACAGUUUAGACUAUCCUAUUUAAAUUUUCUUUGGGAACUUCUUGAUGAGAGAGAGAAAGAAGGUCAGAAUGUUUCAGAAUUCAAAGAACUUAUAAUAAAUUCGCUGACUCCUGAAAUUUUUAAGGAACUACCGUUUGAAUUUUGCAAUAGUUUUAUCAAGGAUCAUUUUUUGAAGUUUGGUAGAAAAAGUGACAGAACAGCCAAAUUGUUCACAAUAAAUUGCUUGAAAUAUUGUUCUCAAAAAGAACUCCUCCUUAACAUUAUUUUUGAUAUCAUUAAGGAAUUUAAAAAAAAUUUCAUUCUUAAUCCAGAUUUCAAAAUAUCUUGUAAUAGUCAUUCUUACGUAGAUGAAGUAGUUUAUGAUAUAUUUCACUUUCAUGAAGAUUUUGAAUUGCCAAUAAUUGAAGCUUUCUUUUCUCGUUGGAUAGAGGUAUUUACAGCUAUAGAAGAUAUUCAAAAUUUUAUGAGAUUGAAGUUAUUAGUAGAAUUGAAGAAAGUUGUCAGUUUGGAUAAUUUUGUUUUGAAGGUUGUUGAACUAUAUAAACAAUUCUUGAAAGAAUUUGGUAUUCUUGGUAUAAUUGAUUGUUUCAAAGAUUCUCUUUGUUCUUUAUUACCUAAUGAUAUUUUUGGCACAACGGAGUAUGAUCAGAAAAUUUAUAAACUUGCUUUGAAAUUAACAGAGAUUGAUAGUAAUGAAUUAAAAUUACUAGCAAUUCAUUUAUUGCCUAGAGAAAAUCCUGAAAAUUCAGAUUGCAAAGAAAUCCAAAAGAAAUUGAUUGAAAAUUUUAGAAAAUCAGGAGACAAAUCAGUACUUAUUAACUGCAAUAUGUAUAUUAACUCUUUGGAGGAUUGAAAUUUUAUUUUUGUUGAUCAUGGAGUAUUUUAUAAGUAUUUACUUUUUUUAGAAUUUAAUAUUCAUCAGUAUUGAAAUUCAUUGCUUCCUUUAUAUAUUCAUAUAAUAAAUAACAAAUGUGAUACCAUCUAUUUUUUUUUGUAAUAAUUAUUUGACGCUUGUAAAUUUAUAUGUAUUCAAUAAAUCUAUUAAUUGAA